AUGGCGCAGCAGCUGCUGCUUCUCCUACCCGCGCCUUCGGGGACGUUCUCGAAGCCACUCCCUUCCCCUGCCCCCUCCCUGCCCCGGCGCCAUAUCCGGCAGAUAAAGACACUCUACCUGUACCAUGCAUUCCCGUCUUGGAAUCACCUUUCAAGCAAUCUGUUCUUUGUGUACAUUUUUGGAAAGCUUGUGGAAGAGGAGGAAGGUAACUUUGCACUGUGGAUGUCUUAUAUUUUGACCGGUGCUGGAGCAAACUUGAUUUCAUGGUUAGUUCUUCCAACGUCGUCUGUGUCGCUUGGAGCAUCUGGGGCUGUUUUUGGCCUUUUCACAAUUAGUGUACUAGUAAAGAUGUCCUGGGACUGGAGAAAGAUUCUUGAGGUCCUUAUCCUUGGUCAAUUUGUUGUUGACAAGGUCAUGGAAGCUGCACGUGCAACUACCAUAACAGGCGCAGCACUUCAAGUAAACAACAUUGCCCAUGUCUCGGGUGCUUUGAUUGGUGCUGCGUUAGUAUUUGUGAUCAACAGAAUCCCCUUAUCAUCUAAUGAUGAUAACCCAAAGGCUUCAAAGGAUAACAAGGACAAAAGAAGUUAAUUUAAGCUAGAGCGCCAUGUUAACACACUAUAUCGUUCAUUACAAUUUUUCUUCUUCAAAUGGACUACUCAUUGUGUCCACAUUCAUACAUAGUUCUGAUUUCUGUUUGCAAAAAAAGGAUAAAAGACAACAUCCCAUAGAGGUUCUACUGGAAAUCAUCACACUUGUAGUGUAAGGUUCAUUUCUGUACCUUUGUAACAAUGUCAUCGAAAAGCUAAAUUUUUU